ACCCAAAAUACCGCCAAAAUUAUAAAAUUUAUUUAAAUUUCUUUCAUCACGGCAAGACAAUGCGAACGUUAUUGAAUAACAAAAAAAUCUGUAAAAUCGCCCAAAAAAAGAAGCCUAAUUUUAUUCAAUUAACUCAAUUCCCAUAAUUUCUUCUACACACUUAAUGGUCAAUCUUGUUAUUGACGAAUUCUCCAAAAAUCGACAUUAAUUAAAUUCUCAACAAUGGAUCAUUAAAAUUAAAACCAUACUGUGGGCUGAGACACCAAAACUAGGUGUUUGAUAAAAAUUUCUUGACAAUUAAAAAAUAAAAUGCCAAGUGUUCAGAUAACUUGCAAGUGCGAUGGUUUGGGAAUAAGAUCAAUGCUGGAUCAAUUUAAAUGUGUUUCAAUUUACGGAUUAGUAUUUCGCGCUACAUAAACUAUGAUCUUGGAAGCAAUUGAGCAAAAUUAAAACGCCUCUUUAGACUCCUAAAUUCUCUGUGACAGACAACAAAUCAUCAUUGUUGGAUAAUUACUUGAGAAUACCAUUUAUAGGAUUUCGCUAAGAAGGAAAUCAACCGAAGAUAAUGUGGUAUUGUUUUCCAUGCCAGCAGUCAUAAAACAUUUCGCACAAACUUAAAAUGUGUGAACCCAAGUGAUUGGGGUUCCACGUCGGUAUGGUUUCAUCGUUUCCAGGGGGAUCCGGGGGAUGGUCCUAUAAAAGAAACUCAGCAGCAUGAGGAGUUCUCAGUUCUCGUUGGAUUCUCCUUUGUGUGCGCGGAAAAGCUCAGAGUGUGGAAGGAAAAUUAAGAAAAGUGCUGGUGCGUUGUAGUUCUUUGGAUUUUAUCUAAGAGUGGGUGCACGCGAAAAAUGUCGUACAUUGGAAAUGCCUCGGAUGUGGAGCAGGAGAAAAAUAUCCCGGAAUUUCGACGGAAUCGGAGCAAUACCAAUUUAGUCACAAAGACAAUCGGUAGCCCUAAAAUAUCCGAUGUUAUGUGGAAUGAUAAGCGCGAUAAAAGUGAAGAUUCCGAUGACUCUGAAAUCUCAGAUUCACAAAAUUUCCUCGCGAAAGGUGCCUUCCUUCUCACGCCAUCUCACGAAUUGUCUAUGGAGCGGGCGGCUCUAAUUUGUGAAAAAAUGAACUUCAAGGGAUGCUUUAGUUUAACAAAGACAGCAACAGGAAUCCUCUUUAAAUUCUCUAGUCCGGAAGACUACCAAGCUGUCUUCAAGAAGGGCUUUCACAAAGUCACAGGGGCUAGAUUUUAUAAAAAAGUAGCAAUUCCUUGUCGCCCCCAGAAAACAUUCACACUCUUUGUGCUGGAUGUGCCAGACGAUCUCCCUGUGGAUGAUAUACGGCACUCCCUUUACCGAUUUAAUUCUGUCGUCGAAGUGGUGAGACUUGUUAUUCAGUACCCAUCAUCAGAUAAAUCCGGGCAACCAGUGGAAGGUAAAGGCUUUCUCAGAAAAAAAAUUUAUAUAAUUCUAAAAAAAAUAUUAAAAUUGGCAGGAACAUCAACGCCAAAACCACAAAUUCCAAAGCCGCCUGUUAAGGAUGAACAGGAUGUGGCCAAUACUAAAGAUUCACCGCCCCCUCCAAUUAGGAUCACACUCGCGUCUCUUGAGGAGUUUAAUACACUCCUCCAGAAUGGAUUGGAUUUCUAUGGGGCAACAUUUUUCCCCACGGAAGCUAAUUUGCCACUGAAUGGGGCCAGAAUCGCAACCAAAAGAGGACGCAUGCUUGAUGGAAGUAUACCAGGGCGUGUUCGUGAAUUGCUUCCGGUAUUUGAUGCUGCUGGAUUUUGUAAGAUACCACCACCGGCUAGCAAAACAAUAAAGCCUCGCCCAUAAUUUGAUGAUCGCGAUCAUAGAGAUUGCCCCAAAUGGAUGAAAAAGAAUCAUCGUUUUAACAAAUCUUUAAUGCCUUGAAUUCUCAAUUUAAUUUUUUGCAAUUUUCUUUACCAUAUGACUCUCUUUAUAUUAUAUACUUUUUUUUUAUAUAAUUGUAAUUGCGCGAAAUGAUUCUCAGGAGAGACUUCCUGAAUAUAUUGUAUCAUCGUAUGACAAAACAAUAGUUCCUCCACGAGACAGUAUGUAGAUCAGCAAAAUAUUACUUUUUUUUACUAUUAUUAUCUUGCCAUGAUUAUUUAUAAUCUUUAUAUUUUUUGCCCCGGGGACGCCGACUGACAUAAGCUAUUUUAUUUUAUAAUGACAAGAUUUAUUUCAUAAUGAGUUUUAUUUUCAUGGAUCAACUAACAAAAGAAUUCUAUUUCAUUUCUUAAUAAAUCUAUCGACAAAUUGUUUACUGUG